AUGCGGCCCAUUUUGCUAUCUGGGCACGAGCGUGCGCUCACCCAGGUGAAAUACAACCUCGACGGCGACUUGAUAUUCUCAGUUUCAAAGGACCACAACAUCUGCGUUUGGUAUUCCCACAACGGCGAGCGGCUGGGAACCUACCACGGUCACCAGGGUGCCAUCUGGACCAUCGAUUCCGACCCCACUUCUACUCUUCUGGCCAGCGGCUCGGCCGACAACACGAUUCGGCUGUGGGAUAUCAAGACGGGGAAAUGCCUCAAGACGUGGGAGUUCCCCACUGCGGUCAAGCGCGUCGAGUUCAACGAGGACGGAACCAAGUUGUUGGGCGUGACCGAGAAGCGGAUGGGCUACCUUGGCACGAUCGUUGUGCUGGACAUCAAGGUCGAUGUAGAGGCUGAGCAGAGCGAAGAGAAGUCCAUGACAAUUGUCUGCGACGAGAGCAAGGCUACUGUGGCUGGAUGGAGCUACCUGUCCAAGUACAUUAUUGCUGGGCACGAGGAUGGUUCUGUCUCGCAGUAUGACGGCAAGACUGGCGACCUCAUCUACAACGUUGCCGUUCACGACCUCAACAUGCAAGUGACGGACCUGCAAUGGGGACAGGAUCGGACCUACUUCAUCACCGCGUCCAAGGACAAGACCGCCAAGCUUCUUGCUGCCCGCGACCUAACUGUCCUCAAGACCUAUGUUGCCGACACACCCCUCAACAGUGCCUGCAUAACGGCCAAGAAGGACUUUGUCGUUCUUGGCGGUGGUCAGGCUGCUAUGGAGGUGACACAGACUGCCGCUCGCCAAGGAAAGUUCGAGGCACGCUUUUACCACAAGAUUUUCGAGGACGAGAUCGGUCGUGUCCGUGGCCACUUCGGCCCCUUGAACACCGUUGCGGCAGAUCCGACCGGAAAGGGCUACGCAAGCGGUGGAGAGGACGGCUACGUCCGUGUCCACCACUUCGACAAGGGCUACUUUGAUUUUGUGUACGAGGUGGAGAGGGAGCGCGCGAACCGGCUGGCCCUGCAACAAUAG